AUGACGGAAAGGAGCAAGCUUAGGGUCCCUCCCGCCUCUCCUGGCAGAAUGGGUCCCCACUCGCCAGGCGGGUCGGGGGGACUGGACGUGACAAAGUGGGGCGAGGAGGAGGUGGGUCGGUGGUUGGACGGCAUCGGUUGCGGAACCUACCGCAGCGCCUUCCGCAAACACCAGAUUCUGGGCGAAGACCUUCUCGACCUCGACAACGAGGACCUUAUUGAAAUGGGGAUUGCCUCGACAGUGCAGCGUAAGUGGGUGAUGCAGCAGGUGACGGGCCUGCGGCGAAAGGCCCACGGCAAGAAGGCCAUGGAGGAGCUCUACGAGGAGAUGGGUAUCAUUCCCAGCCCGCUCUCCCCGCGCGAGGGCGACGCCAGCGACACCGGCACCAUCGCCGAGGACGACGAGGAGAUCAGGGGAGAGAACGACGAUGACGAAGACGACAGCGACGACACAGAUGAUGACGACGACAGCGAAGACGAAAGCGAAGACGACGAUGUGGACAACGAAGUCAUCAUCCUUCGCGCCGCGCCUCCCGCCGCAGCCAAGGCCAAGCAGGCGCCGCCGCAGGAGAAGACCAAAGGAAAGAAGGAGAAGACGAACGGCAGCGGUAGCAACAAAGUUGAAUCGACGCCGGCCUCGCCCUUCCCCGGCAUUCCGCUCUACAACGCCAAAAAGUCGCCGUUCAACUCCCGGCGCGACGCGGCCGCUGCGCCCGACGCCCUGCCUGACGAGCCGGCGGCGGCCGACGCGAAGAAAUCCAGCCACAAGCACCUCAAGGCCAAGAGCCUCCUUAAGUGGGGCGGCUCGGCCAAGAAGAAGGAAGGCAAGGCCGGCGAGUCGGCCAAGCCGACGCCUGCGCCGGCGGCGGCUGCGGUGGCACCGACCCCGCCCGGAUCGUCGAGGCAGGCGACGCGAUCGCCGCCGCCGACGUCGCCGCGGCUGCGGACACAGAAGGGCAGCAGGGAACGCAGGAGCUCGGGUCCGUUGGACAUCGACAUCGCCAAAUAUGUGAGCGAGUUCGACGCCAAGCACCCCUCGACCGAGAAGAAGAGGAAAGGAUCGCGCGCCAAGGGGAGGAAGCGCUCGGAUUCGGUGAGCGAGGCCUCGCAGAACGAGUCGGAGGACUCGCACUCAUCGCGCAAGCGGACUUCCGAGUCGCGGACGUCCCUGAACGAGUCCGAGGUCUCCAUCAGCGAGCUCGAACCCUUCGAUACCCCGAGCGACCUGGCCAAACGACCGCAGGGUGUGCAUCUGCCGCUGCCCACGUUCGAGCGGCACGAGCUAGAGAUGGGCGACAUGAUCGCCGUCACGGCCUCGGGCUCGGUGCACUCAGCCAGCUGGCGAGGCACGCGCGUGGCCCUCAAGCAGAUGCGGAUGGUCGAACUCAACCGGUCGCGCGUGAUGAGCGACUUCCGCAAUGAGGUGGAGAUCCUGGGCAAGCUGCGACACCCCACGAUCGUGGCGAUGAUGGCCUAUUGCUGCGACGCGCCAGAUCUUCUUCUCAUGAUGGAGUACAUGGAGGGAGGCAGCUUGCACGAGCUGCUGCACUCCAAGGAGACGAAGCUCAACCGUCUGCAGAAGACCAACAUCGCGCUGCGAAUAGCGCAGGGCAUGAACUUCAUCCACCUUUCCAAGAUCAUCCACCGCGAUCUCAAACCGCAAAACAUUUUGUUGGACGAACACAUGCGGCCCAAGAUCUGUGAUUUUGGUCUGUCGAAGACCCGGGAGCACACCCUCACCCACCAGGGCAUCCACGGCACUGCUCCUUACAUGGCGCCGGAGCUGCUCGACAGCGACGAGGCUGGCCGAUAUGGCGGCAAGUCCGAUGAGCGUGUCGACGUCUAUUCCUUCGCCAUCGUUCUGUGGGAGCUGUUCACGCGCAGGAAGCCGUGGGACGGCAAGGCGCUGCCGCAGCUGGUCUACCCGGUCCUCUCCGGCAAGCGGCCCGGACCCCUGCCCCAGAAAUGUCCCAACUCGAUCAAGGCGCUGAUCGAAAUGUGUUGGGACGGCGACUUCAUGAGCCGCCCCUACUUCCACCAAAUCGUGCCGGUGCUGGAGCAGGAGUACAAGCGACAAAAGACGCUCAAGCGCAAGUCGGAGAAGAAGAAGAAGGAGAAGCUGGUGCGCAAGUCCAAGGACCUGGCCAAGCGGGUCAAGGAGCUGGAGGAGCAGAAUGCCAAGGUCGAGGAGAUGAUGAGGCGGCUCUCGUCCUCGUCCGGCUCGGGCGACAAGAGCAAAGUCAAGGCGCGGACCUAA